AUGUACGUGGGUCAUUUCGCAACAGGCGUUCUCCUCAAGGCGCUGUUCCCCACAGUGCCCGCCACGCCAAUCAUAUACGGCGUCGGCUUUCUCGACCUCCUCGACGGCAUCUUCACCAUGGUGGGCAUCAACAAGGUCGCGCCCAACCUCGCCGCGGGCCCCUACCUGUACUACGACCUGGUUUUUAUCGAUUGGGACCACAGCCUCGCAAUGGCGUUUGUGCUGUCACUUUUGUGGGCGCUGCUCUUCGCCCGGUCGACGUCCACCGCUCCAGCGGCCAAGAUGGGCGCCGUUGCCUUCGCGGCCUCCUUUUCCCACUGGCUUUGCGACCUCCCGUUCCACAAUCUCGACCUUGCCGCGUACCCAUACUCGGUAGAGCACUAUGGGUGGGGAUGGUGGGGGCGGUACCUCACUGGCGCCUGGAUGAUGGAGGGUGCCUUCAGCGCCGUAUGCCUCGCUUUCGCUGUAUCGCUAUUCGCGCGCCGCGGUGUGUCCAUCAAUGGCGUACUCGUGGUCUGCGGGGUCCUCCUCUUCAGCCUUAGCCCGUGGGCCUCGCCCAUGUACUAUGUUGCCCAGCUGGGGCCUCCUGCCGACUACCUCGUACACGGAGCGCUUGUGACUAUCGGUUUUGCGGCACCAGGGGCUAUCCUGGUCCGCCUGCUGGACGGAGCGGAGUCAAGAGCUGAUGCGAACCCCGCGAAGAAGCGUUUGUAG